GAAUGGUUUAGCACCAGGCUUCCCAUGAACGUGUGGUCAUGACGGGUUCUGAAGCCGCAGAGCUGAAGAAGACUGCCAUUGCCAUUGUUCUUGGAAUCUUGCUGCUUACUUGGAGGAAGAGACCGACAGAUAAGGCAAGAUUUAAGGUUCUCUUUGACUACUAUGGAAAGAGGAAAGAGAAACUAGGAGUAUUUUUUUUUAAUUGUCAUUUGCUUCACAAAGUUAUUGUGGCCUUCUAAACUGCAAAACUGGGGCUCCUUUGCAUCUUCCAGUUACAAUUUCAGUGCCUUCCUCAGCUUCCCCAGAGUUCCUCAAGAGUAAUGGAAGGGAGAUUGCGGAAGCAUGAGAAGAUUCUGUAACUGAGAGGCAUUCUUCAAGCUACUGGAAAAUAUUACAGAAGGAACACCUCCCAAAUUUUGCUUCAAGCUCUGAAAAAAAGGAGCACACAGGGGAAGCUUAGUGUUGCUUGUGGAUCGAAGCAAAUACUAUUGGAGCGAUGAACUGGGACUUUGUGUGCGGACUCCUGGCUUGAUCUUUAUAGGACUGGGUGCAUGUUGUUGGAACUGGCAGGCCAAGAGGCCCUGAAACCAGCAGGUGCCAUCUAUAUGGAGAAAAGCGGCUGUAGUCCAUUUCCAAUGUGUUGGGCUAAAGAAUAUGACAGAUACUUAGCAUCUAGCAAAAUAAUGGCAGCUGCUUACCUUGACCCAAACUUGAAUCACACACCAAAUUCAAGUACAAAGACUCACCUGGGUACUGGCAUGGAGCGUUCCCCUGGUGCGAUGGAGCGAGUAUUAAAGGUCUUUCAUUAUUUUGAAAGCAAUAGUGAGCCAACCACCUGGGCCAGUAUUAUCAGACAUGGAGAUGCUACUGAUGUCAGGGGCAUCAUUCAGAAGAUAGUGGACAGUCACAAAGUAAAGCAUGUGGCCUGCUAUGGAUUCCGCCUCAGUCAUCUGCGGUCAGAGGAGGUUCACUGGCUUCACGUGGAUAUGGGCGUCUCCAGUGUGAGGGAGAAGUAUGAGCUUGCCCACCCACCAGAGGAGUGGAAAUAUGAAUUGAGAAUUCGUUAUUUGCCAAAAGGAUUUCUAAACCAGUUUACUGAAGACAAGCCAACUUUGAAUUUCUUCUAUCAACAGGUGAAGAGCGAUUAUAUGUUAGAGAUAGCUGAUCAAGUGGACCAGGAGAUUGCUUUGAAGUUGGGUUGUCUAGAAAUACGGCGAUCGUAUUGGGAAAUGCGGGGCAAUGCACUAGAAAAGAAGUCUAACUAUGAAGUAUUAGAAAAAGAUGUUGGUUUAAAGCGAUUUUUUCCUAAGAGUUUACUGGAUUCUGUCAAGGCCAAAACACUAAGAAAAUUGAUCCAACAAACAUUUAGACAGUUUGCCAACCUUAAUAGAGAAGAAAGUAUUCUGAAAUUCUUUGAGAUCCUCUCUCCAGUGUACAGAUUUGAUAAGGAAUGCUUCAAGUGUGCUCUUGGUUCGAGCUGGAUUAUUUCAGUGGAACUGGCAAUCGGCCCAGAAGAAGGAAUCAGUUACCUAACAGACAAGGGCUGCAAUCCCACACAUCUGGCCGACUUCAAUCAAGUGCAGACCAUUCAGUAUUCAAACAGUGAAGACAAGGACAGAAAAGGAAUGCUACAACUAAAAAUAGCAGGUGCACCUGAGCCACUGACAGUGACGGCACCAUCCCUAACCAUUGCAGAGAAUAUGGCGGACCUGAUAGAUGGGUACUGCCGGCUGGUGAAUGGAGCCUCGCAGUCAUUUAUCAUCAGACCCCAGAAAGAAGGAGAACGGGCUUUACCAUCAAUACCAAAGUUGUCCAAUAGUGAAAAGCAAGGCAUGCGGACACACGCAGUCUCUGUGUCAGGAGUCAGUCACUGCCAACAUAAAGUUAAGAAAGCUAGGCGCUUUCUCCCUUUGGUCUUCUGUUCCCAUGAUCCUCCUUCUACGGAUGAAAUUAGUGGGGACGAAACAGAUGAUUAUGCUGAGAUUAUAGAUGAAGAAGAUACUUAUACUAUGCCCUCAAAAAGCUAUGGAAUAGAUGAAGCCAGGGAUUAUGAGAUUCAAAGAGAAAGAAUAGAACUUGGACGAUGUAUUGGAGAAGGCCAGUUUGGAGAUGUACAUCAAGGUGUUUACAUGAGUCCAGAGAAUCCAGCUUUGGCGGUUGCAAUUAAAACAUGUAAAAACUGUACUUCGGACAGCGUGAGAGAGAAGUUCCUUCAAGAAGCCUUAACAAUGCGUCAGUUUGAUCAUCCUCAUAUUGUGAAGCUGAUUGGAGUCAUCACAGAGAAUCCCGUCUGGAUAAUCAUGGAGCUAUGCACACUUGGCGAGCUGAGAUCAUUUUUACAAGUAAGAAAAUACAGUUUGGAUCUAGCAUCUUUGAUCCUGUAUGCCUAUCAACUGAGCACAGCUCUUGCAUAUCUAGAGAGCAAAAGAUUUGUACACAGGGAUAUUGCUGCUCGGAAUGUUCUGGUGUCCUCAAAUGAUUGUGUAAAAUUAGGAGACUUUGGAUUAUCACGAUAUAUGGAGGACAGUACUUACUACAAAGCUUCCAAAGGAAAAUUGCCUAUUAAAUGGAUGGCGCCAGAGUCAAUCAAUUUUCGACGGUUUACCUCAGCUAGUGACGUAUGGAUGUUUGGUGUGUGUAUGUGGGAGAUACUGAUGCAUGGUGUGAAGCCUUUUCAAGGAGUGAAGAACAAUGAUGUGAUCGGUCGAAUUGAAAAUGGGGAAAGAUUACCAAUGCCUCCAAAUUGUCCUCCUACCCUCUACAGCCUUAUGACGAAAUGCUGGGCCUACGACCCCAGCAGGCGACCCAGGUUUACAGAACUUAAAGCUCAGCUCAGCACAAUCCUGGAGGAAGAGAAGGCUCAGCAAGAAGAGCGCAUGAGGAUGGAGUCUAGAAGACAGGCCACAGUGUCCUGGGACUCCGGAGGGUCUGACGAAGCGCCACCCAAGCCCAGCAGACCUGGUUAUCCUAGCCCGAGGUCCAGUGAAGGAUUUUAUCCCAGUCCACAGCACAUGGUACAGACCAAUCAUUACCAGGUUUCUGGCUACCCCGGUUCACAUGGAAUCACAGCCAUGGCUGGCAGCAUCUACCCAGGUCAGGCAUCUCUUUUGGACCAAACAGAUUCAUGGAAUCAUAGACCUCAGGAGAUAGCAAUGUGGCAGCCCAAUAUGGAGGACCCUGCAGCAUUGGACCUGCGAGGAAUUGGACAGGUUUUGCCAACCCACCUGAUGGAAGAGCGGCUGAUUCGACAGCAACAGGAAAUGGAAGAAGAUCAGCGCUGGCUGGAAAAAGAGGAGAGAUUUCUGAAACCUGAUGUGAGGCUCUCUCGAGGCAGCAUCGACAGGGAAGAUGGAAGUCUUCAGGGCCCGACGGGAAACCAACACAUCUAUCAGCCUGUGGGUAAACCAGAUCCUGCAGCUCCACCAAAGAAACCGCCUCGCCCUGGAGCCCCCGGUCAUCUGGGUAGCCUUGCCAGUCUCAGCAGCCCUGGGGACAGUUACAACGAGGGCGUAAAGCCAUGGAGGCUUCAGCCCCAGGAAAUCAGUCCCCCUCCUACUGCCAACCUGGACCGGUCCAAUGACAAGGUGUAUGAAAACGUGACAGGCCUGGUGAAAGCUGUUAUUGAGAUGUCCAGUAAAAUCCAGCCAGCCCCGCCAGAGGAAUAUGUUCCUAUGGUGAAGGAAGUCGGCUUGGCCCUGAGGACAUUAUUGGCCACCGUGGAUGAGACCAUUCCAGUCCUACCAGCCAGCACCCACCGAGAGAUUGAGAUGGCACAGAAACUAUUGAACUCUGACCUGGGUGAGCUCAUCAACAAGAUGAAACUGGCCCAGCAGUACGUCAUGACCAGCCUCCAGCAAGAGUACAAAAAGCAAAUGCUAACUGCUGCUCAUGCCCUGGCUGUGGACGCCAAAAACUUACUCGAUGUCAUUGACCAAGCAAGACUGAAAAUGCUUGGGCAGACGAGACCGCACUGAGCCUCCCCUGGGAGCACCUCUUGCUAUCCUCCUUGAAGAUGUUCUCUAGCCUUCCACCAGCAGCGAGGAAUUAACCCUGUGUCCUCAGUCGCCAGCACUUACAGCUCCAACUUUUUUGAGUGACAUCUGGUUGAAAAUAUUCUCUCAUAAGUUUAACCACAUUUUGAUUUGGGAUCAUUUUUUGUUUUUAUCAAUCAUGAUAUUCAGAAAAGUCUGGGAUCCAAAAUGUGGCAUUUUCUGAGAAUUAAAUUGUACAUAUGAAGCUUUUAAGAAUCAUGACGAAUAGUUUGUGUUCACGUUAGGAUAUGUUCUAAUGGGGAUGGCCAAGGGAUGACAUCUUAAUUCCUGAACUACCUUAGCUGCACAGUGGAAGAGGAGAGCAUGAAGUGAAGAAUUCCGGGAAACCCACGAGGCUGAGAAUUCUUUUGACUACCGUAGAAUUAUUAUCCAGACUGGAAUUUUUGUUUGUUAGAACACCCUUCAGUUGCAAUAUGCUAAUCCCACUUUACAAAGAAAGAAUAUAAAAGCUAUAUUUUGAAGACUUGAGUCAUUUCAGAAAAAAACUACAACUCUUUUUGCCUUUCCUGCCUUUUACUUUCAUGUGGAGAUGUGAAGCAUUUGGUUGGAAACUAGCUGUAGAACACAACUAAAAACUCUUGUCUUUUUUCACCAGAAUAAUGUGCCAGUUUUUUGUAGCAAUGUUAUUUCUCUUGGAAGCAGAAAUGCUUUGUACCAGAGCACCUCCAAACUGCAUUGAGAAGUUCCAGAAUCAUCCUGUUUUCCAUUUUUAUAUAAUUUAUAAAGAAAGAUUAAAGCCAUGUUGACUAUUUUACAGCCACUGGAGUUAACUAACCCUUCAUUGUGUCUGUCUUCCCAGGAGAGAGUUAAAACAGAGGGAUUUGGUUUUCUUUUGAUAGCCAGUUAUACCAUCCAUUCUGUUAAAUAAUUUUGAAAACUAUACCCUCCCUUUAGUUUGUUGGGGGAUAUAAAUUAUUCUCAGGAAGAAUAUAAUGAACUGUACAGUUACUUUGACCUAUUAAAAAGGUGUUACCAGUAAA